AUGAUGAGUCUUAAGAAGAAGUUAACAGCCAUGAAGACAGGCACAGUGAGUAUAGUGAAAAAGGCCUUGACCUUAGAGAAAUUGUUUCAGUUGUUAAGUCAGAAGAAGUGUGAUGCUCUUCUUCAUAUGAGUGAUAGAGAAGAGAAGACAGAUGAGGCAAUGAGCAAGAAGACAGAUAAGAAGACUGAUGAAGAGAAGAUAGACAAGAAUGAGAUGAAAGAAAAUGAUGAGAGUGAAGAGUUAGAAUUCUGA